CACGUCAUGACCUGUGAUACUGCUGCAAGUAAAGCUUUCAAAUGCCUUCUCAGUGUCCCAGUAAGAACCAGGCUCCUCCACACUGGACUCUGUUGGCCAUACUUUCUGCUUUUGUAGUGCGGACAGCAGCCUGCCCAUCCUAUUGCAUUUGUGACAACAUCCAGGGCGAGGUGACCUGCAUAAAGAAACAGCUCACGGAGAUCCCCGUCACCAUACCAGAGGGUACCAAGCAGCUUGACAUCAGAGGGAACAACAUUGAAAAAGUUCCAACAGGGGCAUUUCUUCCUAUUCCCUACCUUACUCACCUCAACCUCCAGAAAUGUAAGAUCAAGCAGCUUCAAGAAGGUGCUUUCCGUGGCCUUGGCCGAUUGGUGACUCUCAAUCUGGGGUCUAAUUACAUAGAAUUCAUCUACCAGGAGACCUUUGAUGGGCUUUUCUCUCUGCAACAACUCAUCAUCGACAACAACAUGAUCGAGGAGAUCAAACCCGGUGCAUUUACUCAACUGGGAUUUCUAAACUUUUUAAACCUGGAAGGGAACUUCUUGGUCUACUUGCCUCCUUUGCUUUUCCAGGGUCUCCAGCAGAUUAAGUACAUGCGCUUGUCCAAGAAUAUGAUCAACAAUAUUGCAGAUGAAGCCUUCGCUGGGCUAUGGACAUUAAAGAGACUGAACCUGGACAACAAUGAGUUGCAGUUUUUGCCAACAGAAGCAUUAUCCAGGCUCACGACUGUGACCAGAUUGGAUCUCAGCCGGAAUCCAAUGACCUACCUCGGUGAAGAAUCACUGCGGAUGCGUUCGCUGAAACACCUGAUGAUGGACAAUAUGUCCCUUCAGGAUGUGUCUCACACUGCGUUUGAGCACAGCCCGAUGUUAUCAGUCAUCGACUUACACAACAACCAGCUCCAGAUGAUCCAGCCCCUGGUUGGGCUCGAGUCCUUGAGGGUGCUCAACCUGACAGGCAACCCAGUCCAGUGCAACUGUUUCAUGAGACCUUUCAGGGAAUGGAUGGCCAACCACACGAAGCUGAAAGCCGCAGUGUUCUGCGGCGCCCCGGGACUGUACGAAGGGGAUAGGCUGGAUUCUCUGCGCCCAGAUAACCUGAGGUGUGACAGCCGACCAGUAGACCCUAAGGAGGAGGAGGAACUCACCCAGGCGAACAAGCCUGCAGCAAAUAAUCGGGAUAGCGGCCCAUGUCCAGACCACUGCGACUGCAAGCAUGACCUGCAGCAUGCCAGUUGUGAGGGGAAGGGGCUACGCAGGAUCCCAAAGGGCUUCCCCACUGACACUCACCUUCUGGACAUGCACUACAAUGACUUCCACCUUGUCCCCAAGGGCUCCUUCCCGGACAUGAAGCAGCUUGUUUCCCUGCACUUACAGAACUGCAGGAUUCACGAGAUUCACGCUGGCGCAUUCCUUGGCCUGAAGAAGCUCAUUUACUUGUACCUGUCUUUUAACGAGAUAACCAAUCUCCAACCAGAAACCUUUGAAGGACUUCCCAAGCUGACGUAUCUUUACCUGGACCACAACAAGCUGUCAUCAAUACCCAAGGGGGCAUUCAAGCUCCUGCCCGGCCUCUUUGCUCUUCACCUGGAGUACAAUCCCGUCCCUCAGCUGACUGAUGAGAACAUGCAAGGGGCAGAGAAGUUACGAUGGCUCUACCUGAACGGCAGCAACCUCACCUACAUUUCCCCAACUGCUCUCCACUCCAUGGGUCAGCUUCAGAAGCUGUUCUUGGAUGAGAAUAAGCUGACAGCAGUUCCCACCAUCGCUCUGAUGAAGUUGUCCGCCUUGAAUGAACUGAAACUAUCCAGCAAUCCCAUUAAGCAGAUCGAGAGUGGCGCCUUCCUGCCAAUGGCAGGGUCUCUCCAACAUUUAUGGCUGAAUGACAUGGGUUUGGAGAAGAUCGCUGAUGGAGCGUUUGAUGGAGUGACCACUGGGCUGCAGAGCCUCUACCUGGGGAACAACAAGCUGAGCUAUAUCCCCAGCUUGGAAAAUUUCAGAAGCCUGCACACCAUCGACCUGUCCAACAAUCCUUGGCACUGUGACUGCCCGCUCCUCCACCUCCACAGGUGGCUUGAAAGUACCAAUCUGAAGGUCCGUGCUCUCUGUAUCCUCCCACAAAAUGUGACAGGCGUGAGUGUGAAAAAUGCUCCCUUUAAGAACUGCAAAGGUGACCUGCCUGGGAAGAAAAAUUUCCCAAAGAAGAGUAAAGCAAGUCGAAUGGGAGACACACGCAAAACGGUCAACAGGAAGAAAUCAAAGCGAACAGACAAGGCAGUGAAGAAAAGCAGAAAGACCAGGGCACAAUAGACCAGUGAUAGACUGCGUGAACAGAGAGUGAGGUGGAGCUGACUUACUUAAAUGGUUUGGGUUUAUCCCCUCACCCUUGUGCUUAGUCUGUAUAACAUUCCCGUCUGCUGUUUUAGGAGGGCUGCAGUUGGGAUUGGAAUUGGUUUACAGUGAAAAGCUUUUCUUGCAUGUUGUUCACACAGAUCCAUUCAUUGCACAGUGCAUCAAGGAAGAACAAGGUAAAACGAUGCAGAAUAAAGUGCAAUUUAGAUUUUUAAAUGUAGAGCAAUUGUGUUAGAAGCAAUGAGUGGAUCUGUAGGAAGGAGCUUGAAAUGAGCCUCCACGAUCCAGUGGCAUCUGUAUUAAGGAGACAUGAAGAAUGUCUGCAAUGAAGAAUUAAUAGUAGUGAUGAUAUUGAUUUCUAGGCUAAGCUUCCUUCAGGUUAGGAGACGACUUGUUCUUUUAAAGCGGGAGUCACACUGCAAGUAAAAUCUCUGUACACGAAUUGUCCCAUCAUUGGAUCCCAUAUACAGUGCCUCGGUUUUCUGGAAAUGUCUUCAGGAAUAUUGAUGAUGAUCUCUUUGGUUUGUAAGGAAACUGAAAUCACAUUUCAGAAUGGAAAUAACUUCAGCAAACAUAUUAUUAACAUAUCCUGAUUAUUUGUGUUAUCAAACACUAUUUAGUUUAUGCACUUGAUGAUAAAAUGUUCAGGAUCUUGCGUAGGCUCACUAUAAUUCAGAGCACUUUAUUGGUUGUUAAUACAAAACAAUUUUUAUUUUUCUACUGCACUCCUCAUUGCUUCUGCAUUCAUGUGGGUGGUGAGCCAGUCUGAAGGUUUGAAUGAAAUGAUCAGUGUUCAUGAAUGUUAAACUUCUAGCACUCACACUUGUACUUGACCUCUGAUCAUUGACCUUUGCUGUUUGACCUCUGCCCACUGUGAUGCCCUGUGGCCCAACCGAACUGAUGGAUUUGCUGUUCAGGAACCAUUGACAUUGCCCUGGGAGUCUGGGACUCCAUGGUAUCAUGCACUGAUGGUAAAUUAUUUCUGCUGGCUUGUGUGCUCAAGAUUGGGGGGUCAGCUCUAAAAAUUAGAAUCGGAUAAUUCCGCAGCAUGUUCUAAGUCCAUGGUCCAAGCCUUCCCUGGUAAUGUUCCCCAACUCUUCCUUUGCUACAUUGACCACUGCAUUGGUGCUGCUUCAUGCAUCCAUGUUGAGCUUGUCAAUUUCAUCAACUUUGCCUCUGACUUCCACCCUGCCCUUCAAUUCACUAGGUUGAUUUCUGACAGCCCUCUCCCCUUUCUCAAUAUCUGUCACCAUCUCUGGAGACAAACUGUCUACCAACACCUUUUGUAUUGUAAAUCUGCCGAUUCCCAAAGGUAUCUUGAUUAUACCUCUUCCCACUCUGUCUCCUGUAAAAAUGUUAUUCCCUUUCUUUAGUCCCUUCGUCUCCAUCGCAUUUGUUCCCAGGAUGACAGGAAAGGAAUGACGGGUUAUGGGCUGAGUGCAGG